AUGGCGGCCAGCACAAGGAUUUUGAGAUUUCUAGCAAGAAAUACCCAAGAAAUACAACUUAGACGAACUAUUCAAAGCUGUACAACGUGUUAUUCACUGAGAAAGUGUCCAACAUUAAGCCGGGUUGUGUCACAUGGUUCAGUCCGCAGCAGACAAUUCAGUGACCUUGCUGCACCCCAACCGGAUGGCGARCCUAAACAGUAUCCAGAACAUAUUAAGCGUAUUGUAGAUGACAUAUCRAAACUGACAAUUCUCGAGGUUUCGGAAUUAAAUCAACUUUUAAAGAAAACAUUAAACAUAGAAGAUGUACCAAUGAUGGCAAUGGGUGGAAUGACUGCUGGUCCAGCAAAGGAAGAAGAAUCAGAAGAAACAGAAAAAGCUCCUGAGCCCACUGAAUUCACUGUCAAGUUAACAGGAUUUAAUGACAGUGCUAAAGUUAAGUUGAUAAGAGAGAUCAAAGCAAUCAUCCCAGGAAUGAAUCUAGUACAGGCCAAGAAGUUUGUCGAAGGUGUACCACAGAUAGUUAGAGAAAAAACAAACAAGGAGGAAGCAGACAAUGUCCAGAAGGCACUGGAAGCUGUUGGAGGGAUCRUUGAGAUCGAGACUUGAAAUCUGACACUUUGAAAUGAACCUGAAGUGAUAUUUUCUAGAGACUCAAUUGGCUCAGUAUGAACAAACAUGUUUACAGGUUGAUACUUGUAUAUGGUGAUUGACAGAUGUCAGUUAGCUGCUCGAGUCCACAUUUGUGGCACUGUGUGCACUUUUAAAAAUCAAGGAAUGUUGUCAAAGAAUGUGAAUAAAAGCUAAAAACUURUC